AUCUAACAGCGAGACAGAUCGCUGAAAAUAAUGCCAGGAUGUCACACUACAAUAGAAGUACAGGUACUCAAAGAUCUGCGGUGAUUGAUUAUGAACGUCAGUUUCAAGAAGAUCUAGAACGUGCUCAAGCAUUAAGUUUAGAAAGUCUGGCACUAGAAAAAUUUAAAUUACAAAAGCAACAAUCCGAAUUUAAUAAUAUUCAACAACAAUGUGUUCCACAAAGUGAUGAACAUAGGGGAAACAACACUGUACAUAGUAGUUCAUCAGAAAGAGAUAACUUACCACAAGCUGAAAAAUUUCAGUGUAGAAGCAGACCAAGGCCUGGUUCCUUUAAUACCAAUCAAUCUAAAAAUGCUGUGAUAUUAGCACCACCACCAGUUCCAUCUAGAAGAAAUUCAACAACAGCUACAACAAGUCAAGAACAUACUGUUGAUUUGAUUAAUUUUACAAGUCCAGUGAAACAAGAUAAUUUAAGUGAUUAUUGUUCACCUCCACCUCCACCUCCAAAAACAUCUGUAGAACCAAAAUGGGAAACUCAUCCAUCAUUAUUAAAAAAACAGGGAAGAGUGUCACGCAGUAGUAGUUCUGCAGGUUACCAUUCUCGGGAUUUCCGAUAUCAGUCACUUUCUCCAGGUCCUAGAUCUUCCACUGCACCUUGCACACCAGGAACUCCAAAAAUUAGUCCUAUCAUGUCAAGAUCUAGUAGUAUUAGCAGUAAUGUACCUGAUAUAACACCACAAAUACCUCCAUUACCUAUGAAUUACAGACCAAGUAUUAUUUCUUCUAUAUGUGGUGUUCAAAAACCUGCGUUCUGUACAGAUGAUGAGCAGCUAAAUGUAUUGAAAGUGAUAGAGAAAAAGCCAAAUAAUAAUCUUAUAGAUUUGAGUUCUUUUGAUCAUGUAGAAGAUAAAACAAAUGUUCGAGUUAGUGUACUGGAAGCAUUUGAUCCAUUACUUGUUAAGACUGAAGAUCAGAAUGACAGUGCACAGAGGCAUAAAGAUGAAAUACAAUCGCAAGUCAGUGGAUCAGUAUAUGACCCGUUUGAUCCUUUUGAUUACAUGUAUAGCACAAAUGAAAGUGUUAAUUCAGAUCCAGUAUAUGUUGCUGUAGAAAAAUCUGCUAAAUCUCCAGCAAUGUCUCCAGCUGCACCACCACCACUACCUCCUAGAAAUUCAUCAGCUUGGAAUACUAUUGAAAGAAGAAGAACUUCCUUAGAUAGAAGAAAACGGCAAACACGCUUAUAUGAAAAUGUAACAGUACGGAAAACCAGACCAUCACUUCGUGAUUGCGAUCUUAGAGGUUUUCAUGAAAUGAUGAAAUCUGUACGAAGUGAAUUUCCAUUUAAUGAUCCCAGUACAAACAUUGGACAUGUAAUCAGUCCAAUGAUGGAAAGCUUAUAUCCUGAAGGCACAAGUAUAAAAUUAGUUGUACACCCACAGUUAAUAGAUUCCGAUGAAAAUACUCCGUCCAUUUCGUUUACAUGUGACGUAAAUUGUAGUGUCGAGCAUGUUAUUCUUAACGUUGCUUGUUCCUUAGAAGAUGAAGAUACAGUAAAUAUAGAAAAAUAUUGUUUGAGAGUAUGGGGUUUAGCAGAAUAUUUUGCAUCUAAUACAACUUUAGCUCAGUAUGAAUAUAUACACCAGUGUAUCAAACUAGAAAAAGAUAUUGAAUUAGCUAUUCUAACUAAAGCACAAAUAAAACAAUCUAUAGCACGAACGCUUCAAGAUGAUAAUCGUGAUCAGUGUCUUAAGUUAGAGGACAUUCUUCCAAAUGAACCAGUACAAUCCAUUUCAUAUGAUACGCUUCUUAUUUUACUAGAAACUGUGGAAAAAGAAAUGGAACGUGUAGAAACUGCUGCAAUACAGUUGGCAACUACUAAUCAUGGGUCCAGUCUUUUACCACAAUUACAACCUCGUGGUGUUAUUCAAGCGGUAAAAGCAGUGUGUGCAUUAAUGGGAAACAUAGAAACAUUUGAAAUUACAGAAGCUGUUGACAAUUUCGUAAAUGCAUGUUGUCAAUUUUUACCUCAAGUACAUACAACUAAUAUAGAGUGCAAGAAACCAGAAAUUUUACAUGAAGAUGGUGACUAUUCUGUAGUGACUUUAAGAACAAAAUUUCCAGAUGUUAUUGCAUCUCAUUGUCGAAAAAUUCGUGAUGCAAUUCAAGACCUUGUGGAAACUUAUUGUCAUGCUUUUAGGGUUAAUUUUGAAUUAAAUAGCAGAGGAGAAUUUCCAACAAAUACAUUAAUAUCAUCUGAAGUGUUAGAUACAAUCUUAGUUCGCGUUGGCGCAGUACAUAGACUACCAGGGUCAUGGAAACAUGAUGAUUAUAUCAUAGCAGCACAAAUAUUUCAUGGAACAAGACCUGUUGGAAAUCCAGUUUUAUCUGAACCUAUGGCAGUCAGCUCUAAUUUUUAUCCAAGAAUUUUAUUUAAUUCAUGGCUAGAAUUUCGCGGAAUAAGCGUAUGUCAAGUACCAAGAGAAGCUAGAUUAGUGUUAGUUUUAUAUGGUCGCACAUUGCAACCUACUGAACACGAGUCUAAUUCGUCAGCAGAAAAUACUAUGCAAAAAGAAGAGUUAGGAUGGGGAGCUAUACAAUUUUUUGAUUAUGAAGGAGUUAUGAGUCAAGGAAGUUUUUUUUUGUCACUUUGGCCAGCAAUUGCUGAUAAAAGAUUAGGACCUGCUCCAGCUCCUGGAAUUCAUCCUCAUGGAGAUACACAUGCUAUUAUUGGUGUAGAAUUACCUGAUUAUGGAGGAAGGGUGCUAUUCCCGACAGAAUUACGUGAUUAUGAUGUAGAAUCUCUUGAUUUUAAUUCAUUGGAUCAGAAUACGCAGGAAUUGUUAAUAGACAUUACACAACAAACUACAUUUUCAAGACCACUUAUUGAAGAAAGAGAAAUUCUAUGGGAAAAACGACAUUAUUUGCAUGAUAGACCAGAAGCUUUACCCAAAAUACUUUUAGCAGCUCAUAGUUGGGAUUGGGCCUGUUUACCUGAUCUUCACGCAUCUCUUAGAAUUUGGAGUCCACUGCCUCCUGUUCAAGCUUUACAGUUAUUAUUACCGUGUUUUCCAGAUAUGAAAGUUAGAGAAAUGGCGGUUGGGUGGAUUCGAGAAUUGAGUAAUGAUGAACUUGUAGAUUAUUUACCGCAAUUAUUGCAAGCAUUGAAACAUGAAACAUACGAAACAUCUACUCUUAUAAAGUUUUUAUUAGAACGAGCAUUACUUUCUCCGCGAGUAGCUCAUCAUAUUUAUUGGUUAUUAACACAAGCGUUACCAGGACAAAGCCCACAGAAUUCUGCAGAAGGUACACCAGGAGAUGACAAAAAUAUCAGUUCAGCACGUUAUCACAGAAGGUUACAAUUAAUGUUACGAGCAUUAUUGGCUGUUAUUGGUGAUGCAUUGAGAAAUAGUUUUCUCACACAACAACUACUUGUUAAAAAUUUACAUGAAAUAGCAGAAAAUAUUAAACAGACAAAGGAUUCAUUGCGACUGGAUGCACUCAAAGUUGGUUUACAAAACAUACAUUGUCAAUUAAUGGAAGAUGACGGUAUCUGUUUGCCAUUAUCUCCUAGCAAACAAGUAUUUGGUAUAAAUGUACAAAGUUGUUCAUAUUUUCCAUCAUUUACUCUUCCACUGAAAAUCAAUUUUAUUAGUUGCGAUGAUGUAAUUUGUCCGGCGAUUUUUAAAGUUGGUGAUGAUUUACAACAAGACAUGUUAACUCUUCAAAUGGUUCGUAUUAUGGAUAAACUCUGGUUAAAAGAAGGUCUUGAUCUUAAAAUGGUAACAUUUGCUUGUGUACCUACUGGUUACAAACGUGGAAUGAUUGAAAUGGUUACAAAUGCUGAAACAUUAAGAAAAAUUCAGGUUGAAUUUGGAUUAACCGGUUCAUUCAAAGAUCGACCUAUUGCCGAAUGGUUGGCAAAGCAUAAUCCCUCAGAAUUAGAGUAUGAACGAGCAGUAGAAAACUUUACUGCAUCUUGUGCAGGAUACAGUGUUGCUACUUACAUUUUAGGAAUUUGUGAUAGGCAUAAUGACAAUAUUAUGUUAAAAACAUCAGGUCAUCUGUUUCAUAUUGAUUUUGGAAAAUUCUUAGGUGAUGCACAAAUGUUUGGAAAUUUUAAAAGGGAUAGAACACCAUUUGUAUUAACAUCUGAUAUGGCAUAUGUUAUAAAUGGUGGAGAUAAACCAUCAGCCAAAUUUCAUCAUUUUGUAGAUUUAUGUUGUCAAGCGUUUAAUGUAGUACGAAAACAUGGAAAUUUAAUUCUCCAUCUUUUUGGAUUGAUGACUUCAUCUGGUAUUCCUGGUGUGACUGUGGAUGCAGUUAGUUAUGUACAAAAAGCUCUUCUUCCAGAGCAAACAAAUCCUGAAGCAGCUGCAACAUUUGCUCGAAUGAUAGAAAGUUCACUAAAAAGUUGGUUUACUCAAUUCAACUUUUUCCUACACAAUUUAGCACAGCUUAGAUUUUCGGGUGAUCAUAAUGAUGGAGCAUUAUUAUCUUUUAUACCCCGUACAUAUACAAUGCAACAAGAAGGUCAAUUAAGGAGUGUUCAAGUACAUGGAUAUCAAAAACGAUAUGAUCCUGAGAAAUAUUAUAUGUAUAUUUUGCGUAUACAAAGAAAAGGUCAUGCAGAUCCCACUUAUUUAUUCCGGUCGUACAAGGAAUUUUGCGAAUUUUACCAAAAAUUAUGCAUUCACUUUCCUCUUGCAAAGCUUGUUAGCUUACCAAGUGGUAUAAGCGUUGGAAGAUCGAACAUAAAACAAGUUGCUGAUAAACGUCGAGCAGAUAUUGAGAAAUUUCUUGUAAGCUUAUUCACGAUGGCACCUGAAAUUUCACAGAGUGAUUUAGUAUAUACUUUUUUUCAUCCUUUAUUGAGAGAUCAACAAAAUGCCGAUAUUCAUUUACGUAAAGUAAAAGUUGGUAAUUGGUGGGCUGAGAAACGAGUGAGGGAUAAUGUUCAAAGUGGACAGAUUAAAAUGUCCCUUCAUUAUACACGUGGAACAUUCUAUGUCAUGGUUUAUCAUGCUAGAGGCUUGCCUAAAGUAGCUAAUUGUCAAGAACCAAAUACAUAUGUCAAAGUUUAUCUUAAACCUGAUCCUUCAAAAAAGACAAAACGGAAAACAAAGGUUGUAAAAAAAAAUUGUCAUCCUUCAUUUAUGGAAAUGCUGGAAUAUAGAAUGGCUUUGGACGUUAUUAAAGACAGAACUUUGGAAGCUACAAUAUGGAAUCAUGAUACUCUACAGGAAAACGAAUUUCUUGGUGGAAUACGCUUACCACUUGGACGUCUUGAUUUAACGAAUGAAACAAUUGAAUGGUUUUCACUCGGGAGUAUUCGAUGAAUGAGUUGUUAAUAAUUUAAGGAAAGAAAAAAAAGGUUUAUUAAUGCUCAUGAAUAUUUGCUCUAUAUAAAAACGACAAUAUUCAAUU